UUUAAAACCGGAACAAACAAAAGAAACCAAAGCAAAGUUUAGCAGCUGAUGUAGUGUUUUCGUCGAAGUGUUAUUAAGAAAUAAAACAUACAGUGUAGGUGUAAAACAGGAUACUUUAGGGACACUGAACAGCUGACAUUUGGCUCUUUUGUACCCCAGCUUGGAAAAAGAAAUGGACAUGAAGAUGAUAGCACAUUAGCCAAACAUCAAGAUUUUAUGUUUUUAUUUUAUUUAGCAAUCUCUUUAAUUUAGGAAACCUUUAAGUGUUUAUUUUUAAAUUGUUUUGAGUCAUGAUGAAGGACUCCCAUUCUGCUUUGUCAAGCCGGAGGAGGAGGAGCAGCGGGACGGCCGGGCUCCUGUAUCCGCUGCUCGGUGCGUGUCUCUGGGCUGCGGUGGUCGGGUACAAGCCGGUGAUCAUAGUGCACGGUUUGUUCGACAGCUCAGGGGAGUUUAUACAUUUACAGCGGUUCAUUAACGAGUCUCAUCCUGGAACAAAUGUGACAGUCAUCGACUUGUUUGACAGAAGUGCCAGCCUGCAGCCCAUGUGGAAGCAGGUGGAAGGAUUCAAGGCAGCUAUUUACCCAAUAAUGCAAAACGCAGAAGACGGGGUGCACUUUAUCUGCUACUCUCAAGGUGGGCUGGUUUGCAGAGGAAUCCUCUCCACUCUCUCUGACCACAACGUCCAAUCUUUCAUCUCUCUGUCCUCACCUCAGGCUGGGCAAUAUGGAGACACAGACUACUUGAGAUACCUCUUCCCACAGUUUGUGAAGUCCAACCUCUUCCACCUCUGCUACACGUCAGUAGGUCAGAGGAUCUCCAUCUGCAACUACUGGAAUGACCCCCACCACAGAGACCUGUACGUGAACAGCAGUGAUUAUUUGGCUCUGCUCAACAGCGAAAGACCCAAUCCAAAUUCAACAGAGUGGAAGAAGAACUUCCUCAAAAUCAAAAAGCUGGUGUUGGUCGGAGGACCAGACGAUGGAGUCAUCACUCCCUGGCAGUCAAGUCAGUUCGGAUUUUAUGACGACAACGAGACUGUCGUUGAGAUGCAGCACCAAGAUAUGUAUUUAAGAGAUGUUUUCGGUCUGAAGACGCUGGCGGCUCGUGGAGAUCUGAUCAUCUGUUCUGUUCCCGGCGUCCAACAUGUGUAUUGGCACUCGAAUGAGACAGUGUUUCACACGUGCAUGGAGAAGUGGCUGGUGUAGAACAAAACUCAUUUACAGCACACACAGAUGCACACACACACAGAGAUACACAUGCUGUUUCCAGUCUUUAUGCUAAGCUAAGCUAACCAGCUGCUGACUGUAGGCUCAUAUUUAUUGUAUGGACAUAAGAGUGGUAUCAAUCUUCUUCUAGAGAACUAAAACUCGAAAAGAAAGUGAAUAAGCAUAUUUCCCAGAAUGUUAAACUAGUCCUUUUAAUUAUCUGUUUUAAACCGUGUUGCUGCUGUUGAGUCCAGCACAUCUUUGUCUUCUGAAGGUACUUUCUCAGAAAAUUAGCACAAGGCACAAACUGUCAGAAGCAACAAAAGAGAAGGCUCCCAUAAACUUGCUAAAGGUAACUAACUAGCUAUUAUGUUAUUACAGUAUAAAACGGUAAAGCAAAUCAGACAUUAAAGGAGCACUCUAGCACUUUAUUAUUGCAUUUCAGUAAAGUAUAGGGACUUGUAAUGGCGUUUUCCAUUACAUGGUACCUGCUUGACUCUACUCGGCUCGAAUCGACACAGCCGCGGGUCCCCGUCCUCCAUUUUCCAUUGCAGAUUUAGCCUGAGGCGAGCGUGGCUGGUCGUCAUAGCAACGCCGCAGAAAACUGCCAUGACCUAACGUGAGCCAUAAGAGAGAAACUAAAAAGAGAGGUCAAAAAUCAAUGUAGCAGAGGUUAAGAGAUAUUUUAUGGUUUUCACAGCCUGACUGGUCCCUCACAACUGAAAUAACUUGCGUAGAAAAUUGGUGGAGUGCGCCUUUUUAUUUGUAUGAAAGCGAGCCCGCAUACAUACAGUAUAUAUAUCCAUGUGUGUGUCUGUGUGUGUUUUUGGUCACACAUACCUCAAAACCCCACACAACACAACAGUGCCUGAGCAACGUUCUCUCAUCUUGUCUACAUGUAGAAACUCGAUGCCGUGCUCAUCUUAUGAUCCAGUAAUUUAUAUCUUUUUAUUCUUUUAUUUUUAACCCGAAGGGGGGGGGGGCAUGUUUUCCUUUGUUUUUUUAGUGUCUACAUCUGAUCGUGAAUAUCAUGAUUGUCAUUAUCAUGCAGUGCUUUGGAGCUUUAGUAGAUUAAGCCUUAAAGUUUCCCCUCAUGCCUCAGUGUUUCAUGUCCCAUACGAAGUGCUACGACACACUGCCUCUUCUGUAGUGAUGGUGCUAAAAAUAAUGAUAUGGAGGGGUGGAUGUAGAGUGGCUGGAGAGUGGCAGUGCUAUUUUAGUGUUUACUUGUCCACCUGACUAUUGUACGUGGCGCUCUUUACCUCUCAUCGCAUUUAGAUAUCUCAGGCCUUUGAGCUUUAUUAUUGUCUGUUUGUUGGAAAAGGGAUUGUUGUCUCUUAACUGUUAUAUUGCAUUUUAUUGGAUGUUUAUGUACUUUAUAGAUGUUUCUUUAAAGAAGAUAAGCAAUGGAAAUGUCUUUUGUGUGAUAAACAAGAAGUGAAUUUUAAUGGGUAAAUACAUAUGCUUUGCACAAUGUUUAACCAGAUAAAGAAAAGGAAAAUGGUGAAGAUGGGAUGAUUUUAACUGUUUUAAAGUUGUUAGAUUUGCAGUAUUUUAAUAUUGUUGCAUCCUUUUGUUUAAUGUAUGCUAGUUGUACAAGUUAACUUAACUACAUAAACUAUGGAUUUAAGGGAAUGUCCUCUUUUUGUUCAGUUUUCUUGCUUUAAAAACAGUCAAUGUGGUUAUGGUCAUUUUUUUUAAACUUUCAGAAAUAACUAUUUUGACUACAAUCCUACAAUUUCUACAGUUUUUGGUCUGCGAGUGAAAAUGUCUCAAAUGUUAAUUCCUCAAUAAAAGACCGUUUUGAACACCU